AUGGACAGACAGUUGCACGCUACUGUACGACAGCACGGAACGACAGUUGCACGCUACAGUACAACAGUACGGACCGACAGUUGCACGCUACAGUACGACAGUACGGACCGACAGUUGCACGCUACAGUACGAAAGUACGGACCGACAGUUGCACGCUACUGUACGACAGCACGGACCGACAGUUGCACGCUACUGUACGAAAGUACGGACCGACAGUUGCACGCUACUGUACGAAAGUACGGACCGACAGUUGCACGCUACUGUACGACAGCACGGACCGACAGUUGCACGCUACAGUACGAAAGUACGGACCGACAGUUGCACGCUACUGUACGACAGCACGGACCGACAGUUGCACGCUACAGUACGACAGUACGGACCGACAGUUGCACGCUACAGUACGACAGUACGGACCGACAGUUGCACGCUACAGUACGAAAGUACGGACCGACAGUUGCACGCUACUGUACGACAGCACGGACCGACAGUUGCACGCUACAGUACGACAGUACGGACCGACAGUUGCACGCUACAGUACGACAGUACGGACCGACAGUUGCACGCUACAGUACGACAGUACGGACCGACAGUUGCACGCUGCACCCCGGAGGUCGGCCUGUCCAACCAACUGCCACCUCAUCUGGAGGUCAGGCUGACCCCAUCAACUGCUCACGCCCAGGCAGCAGAAGGACGCUUCAGUUCGACAGCAUGGCAAUCUUGGCUAACAGCACACGCUAUGCUGUGUCAAAGUACAAAAAGACAACACCUGCAAUUUCACCACAAGAGAAUCUUGAAGUCACCCUACCAACACAUGGAUGUGAGCCUCAGUUCUGUCGACGUCAGGUUCUCACAUACACUGCAGCGUACGAGCUGUUUUUAAUCCUGUUUAAUUUUGGAGGUCGGCCUGUCCGCUCCAACUGCCACCUUUCUACAUCCCUGGAGGUCGGCCUGUUCCUACCAACUACCACCUACCCUGCAUCUCCGGCGGUCGGCCUGUCCCCACCAACUGCCACCUCCCCUGCAUCUCCGGAGGUCGGCCUGUUCCUACCAACUACCACCUACCCUGCAUCUCCGGCGGUCGGCCUGUCCCCACCAACUGCCACCUCCCCUGCAUCUCCGGAGGUCGGCCUGUUCCCACCAACUGCCACCUUCCCUGCAUCCCCGGAGGUCGGCCUGUUCCUACCAACUACCACCUACCCUGCAUCUCCGGCGGUCGGCCUGUCCCCACCAACUGCCACCUCCCCUGCAUCUCCGGAGGUCGGCCUGUUCCUACCAACUACUACCUACCCUGCAUCUCCGGCGGUCGGCCUGUCCCCACCAACUGCCACCUCCCCUGCAUCUCCGGAGGUCAGCCUGUUCCUACCAACUACCACCUCCCCUGCAUCCCCGGAGGUCGGCCUGUUCCCACCAACUACCACCUACCCUGCAUCUCCGGAGGUCGGCCUGUUCCUGCUAAGUGCCACCUACCCUGCAUCUCCGGCGGUCGGCCUGUUCCUGCUAAGUGCCACCUCCCCUGCAUCUCCGGAGGUCUGCCUGUCCCCACCAACUACCACCUACCCUGCAUCUCCGGAGGUCUGCCUGUCCCCACCAACUGCCACCUCCCCUGCAUCUCCGGAGGUCGGCCUGUUCCCACCAACUACCACCUACCCUGCAUCUCCGGCGGUCGGCCUGUUCCUGCUAAGUGCCACCUACCCUGCAUCUCCGGAGGUCUGCCUGUCCCCACCAACUACCACCUACCCUGCAUCUCCGGAGGUCGGCCUGUUCCCUCCAACUACCACCUACCCUGCAUCUCCGGAGCUCGGCCUGUUCCCACCAACUGCUCACGCCCAGGCAGCAGAAGGACGCUUCAGUUCGACAGCAUGGCAAUCUUGGCUGACAGCACACGCUAUGCUGUGUCAAAGCAAGGGUCAAUCCAUAACCAUCCGUAAUGAUGGCAAGAGAUAUUACAGCACAACCACAUACCGGUGCUGCUCAGGCAAGGGUCAAUCCAUAACCAUCCGUAAUGAUGGCAAGAGAUAUUACAGCACAACCACAUACCGGUGCUGCUCAGGCAAGGGUCAAUCCAUGACCAUCCGUAAUGAUGGCAAGAGAUAUUACAGCACAACCACAUACCGGUGCUGCUCAGGCAAGGGUCAAUCCAUAACCAUCCGUAAUGAUGGCAAGAGAUAUUACAGCACAACCACAUACCGGUGCUGCUCAGGCAAGGGUCAAUCCAUAACCAUCCGUAAUGAUGGCAAGAGAUAUUACAGCACAACCACAUACCGGUGCUGCUCAGGCAAGGGUCAAUCCAUAACAAUCCGUAAUGAUGGCAAGAGAUAUUACAGCACAACCACAUACCGGUACUGCUCAGGCAAGGGUCAAUCCAUAACCAUCCGUAAUGAUGGCAAGAGAUAUUACAGCACAACCACAUACCGGUGCUGCUCAGGCAAGGGUCAAUCCAUGACCAUCCGUAAUGAUGGCAAGAGAUAUUACAGCACAACCACAUACCGGUGCUGCUCAGGCAAGGGUCAAUCCAUAACCAUCCGUAAUGAUGGCAAGAGAUAUUACAGCACAACCACAUACCGGUGCUGCUCAGGCAAGGGUCAAUCCAUAACCAUCCGUAAUGAUGGCAAGAGAUAUUACAGCACAACCACAUACCGGUGCUGCUCAGGCAAGGGUCAAUCCAUGACCAUCCGUAAUGAUGGCAAGAGAUAUUACAGCACAACCACAUACCGGUGCUGCUCAGGCAAGGGUCAAUCCAUGACCAUCCGUAAUGAUGGCAAGAGAUAUUACAGCACAACCACAUACCGGUGCUGCUCAGGCAAGGGUCAAUUCAUAGCCAUCCGUAAUGAUGGCAAGAUUUAUUACAGCACAACCACAUACCGGUGCUGCUCAGGCAAGGGUCAAAUCAUAGCCAUCCGUAAUGAUGGCAAGAUUUAUUACAGCACAACCACAUACCGGUGCUGCUCAGGCAAGGGUCAAUUCAUAACCAUCCGUAAUGAUGGCAAGAGAUAUUACAGCACAACCACAUACCGGUGCUGCUCAGGCAAGGGUCAAUUCAUAACCAUCCGUAAUGAUGGCAAGAGAUAUUACAGCACAACCACACGCCGGUGCUGCUCAGGCAAGGGUCAAUUCAUAUCCAUCCGUAAUGAUGGCAAGAUUUAUUACAGCACAACCACAUACCGGUGCUGCUCAGGCAAGGGUCAAUUCAUAUCCAUCCGUGAUGAUGGCAAGAGAUAUUACAGCACAACCACACACCGGUGCUGCUCAGGCAAGGGUCAAUUCAUAGCCAUCCGUGAUGAUGGCAAGAGAUAUUACGGCACAACCACAUACCGGUGCUCAAGGUUGUUUGGGCACAUUUCGUCUAACCUGUAUCCCACAUAG